CAUCAAACUCCCCGGCUGAACACCCACUGCGCACACAAUCCAUUCAUCCAGCCUUCUGCCCACAGCCUCGAGACCGACUCGCAUCCCUUUAUCUUCAAACGUCAUUGCCUCCCGAAAUUCCAGCACUUCUGCCUGUCUUUCUCGACUCGCGACGCCGGAAACAUGGCGGACAACGCCGGCAACGGUAACUCGCGCCGCGGCGCUACCCCCCAGAAUCCCGCCCCCGCCAGCGGCGCGUCAAACCCGCCAGCUACGGCGACGCCCUCCAUCCCCUCCCUCGCGGCGCUUGCCAGCGACCCCCUUCGCACGCACCGAACCUGGAUCCCCAAGUACGGCCGGGUCCAGAAGUGCGACUUCUGCAACGGUCGGGCGCCGGGGACGCUGCACUUCUGCUCCGUCUGCCAGCUCCACAUCUGCGAGAACUGCGCUCGCGACCGCCGCUGGCACACGGAGCGCCAGCACUUCAUCGAUGCCGACGCCCUCGACUGGACCUUCAGAAGAGGUCCCAAUACGGCCAGCACCCGUGGAGGCAGGCGCGCCCAGGCGCCUUCGUCGAGUUCCCAGCAGCCCCGGGGCAGGAGGGGAGGGGACUCCAGACCCUCCCUCGAGGAGAGCCACGGGGUCGAUGAUGGCCAUGACGGCCAGCAACUUUCCCAUCCUGACCACCCGCCCGCCCCCUUCGCUUCCCGGACCCCUCGGCGCCCUGACGCCCGUCACCAUCCGUACCCCCCUCCGCCAGCCCGCCAUGGCUACCGUCCGGAGCCGUCUUUCCCUCGGCCGAGUCCCAGCUUUGGCGACUAUACAUACCCUGGGCCAAUGGGUCAAGACUGGCAUGGUCGCCCCAGCUCUACGACUUUGGCGCCCAUAAUUGGCGAGGACCAGACCAAUGUCCGACACCCAGAUGCCAGCGCGCAAGGCCGCAUGCACCAGAGUUCUGGGUUGGGCCACUCUCCUUUCCGCGGCCCUCCCGACAACACCGGCUCUGCAGCUAUUCACGAUAAUGCUGCAGGCGAUGCCAAUGCCAGAGAGCGUCGGGACAAUGGCGGUGAUGGUGAUGGUGACGACACCGGUUACGUGGAAAAGGGACUGGCGGGGAACAAUAACAACCCCCCUCGCCGCAGCGACUGUCUGGCCGAGAGUGCUAGGACACACCCUCCUGCCGGAAUGGGCACGACCGGUGGCAACACGACAUUGUCUUCCCAGGUUGAGGCAUCCAUUGAUGCGCCACCUGCCUCUGCCGAGGAGCACGACCGCCUUGUCUUGCACCUCUACGAGGCCAUCUACGGGAGCCGGCCCGAGCUGAACCCGGCCCGUGUGCGUACGCGCAUUCCUGACCGCUGGGAUGGUGAAUGGCCGACCUCGACCCCGCAGGUUCACGGUGAACCGAGCCGUUCCGCACCCAGCCAGCAAGGCCCUGGUGGCCAGAACACCCCCAGCCCCUUUGCCGACUACCACCGUGAAGUUUGGACUGCGACGACCGAAUUCCAGCCUCACCUGUCGCGCCCUCCCCAAGGCUAUGCGGAGUACUCCUUCCACAACUACCCAACGUACCCCCGUGAUCCGAGCCAUACCCAGGGCAACCCCUACGCACCGACCUUGCGCACGACUCCGGCGUUCCACCCGCUUAACGAGCGCACGACCAGCGAGCUCGAGCUGAUGCACCAGGACCGCCAGCUGCUGCGCGAGAUGCAGCACGCGUGGAACAACCAGCCCGUGCUGCUGCGCCUCUGCCGCAACGGCCACCGCGUCUACGCCAUCGAGCUGCUGUGGGACGUCUGCGAGCUGCGCCGCUCUCGCGUGCUCAUCCGCGACUUCGCCCAGGUCGUCCACUGGUUCGUCACCGAGCGCGACAGCCAGUUCCGCCUCCAGCACACGGCGGCGGCCGCGCAGCCGGGGUAUUACCAGCCGCCCUACCCGUCAUAUCCGCCUCCCGGUGCGCCUGGUAAUGCUCGCUAGGCUGGCCAACAUAUUGUGCUGGGAGGAGGAGUAGGGUGCGUACCCCGUGAGCAAGGCCAUAAUGGCUGUGCUGC